UCAUGUUAAUCCCAGUAAUCCCAGCACCAUGCCCUCGAUGUUUCCAGGCUCUGACCUCUUGACCUCUGGGUUUCCCAGUGUGAAUGCAGUGCAGGUCUGGCAGCGGCUCUGCGCCGGCGGCGCAUCGUUAGCGCAGCCGCUAAUCAGGUUAAGCUAUUACAGCCCGGCUGGGGGGAACUGGGUCAGGAGGAGCUAAAGGCGGCAGCACGAGGCGCCGCAUCAGGAACUCCUCAUUAAUAAGCUGGAGCUUCCUGUCCCCACAUGGAGAGAUUCUCCGGCUGCGGUUCCUGACCUCAGCGACGUUUGGAUCGGAGGAUCCACUCAGGACGGACCGAUGAAAGAGGAAUUCUGCCUCUCUCUGGCUGCUGGAGCGUGAAGCCCUGCGGAGUCUGGCCAUCCGCUGCGUCCAUCGCUGCGUCCCCGCGGCUCGCUGGCGGCUCCAGACUCGGUUUGGAAAGUGGAGUGAUUAGAACGGAGCGAGCAGCUGACCGAGCAGCUGACCGAGCAGCUGACCGAGCAGCUGAGCGACCAUCUGCGUGUUGGAGAGCCACCAAAGUCUCCCUGGCGGUUCAGACCUAAUCAGGAUUUGCUGUGCUUUUCACCUGCUCGCUCGCUCGCCGCUCUCUUCAUCCCUUGGGGUCACGACCCGGGGCGAAUGAGGCAGUCGGCGCCGGAGUGCGGCUGCGGCGGGUCGGUAACCCGGCGGACGGGUCGGAAGGUUCAGGAUGGCGCCGCUGUGGAAGACGAUGCUGUCGAGGAGCAGCCCGCUGUACAGAGACGCUCUGUUCUCCUUCAGCCUGUGGGAGUGGAAGGCGCAGGAGAGGGAGCUGCAGCAGCUGAAGAAGCAGACGGACCAGGAGAGGAGAGCCACGCUCACACAGCUGCACAAGCUCAGUAAGGAGCUGCAGGAGAAGGAUAAAGUUAUCGAGUCUCUCCGAGCCAAACUGGACCAGCAUCAUCAUCAUCAUCAUCAUCAUCAUCGCUCCGACUCGCCCAGCAGCAGCCACGCCCUCUCUGACAUCACCGACCAAUCAGACCGCAUCUCUUACGUGUCGGACGAGCACGGCUCCACCAACGGCGACCCGGAGUUGUGCUGCGACGCAGACGGUGCCGGCGGACUCGGACCCGAGGAAAACAGGAAUGCUACUGGAACCGCGUCUCCGCUCGGCGCCGCGUCCCGCCGGCCGUCCGUCGGCUCCUCCCAGCGCUCCCAGUCCUGCCUCAGCUGUCCCAGCAUGCAUUGCUCCGGCUCUCCGCUCAGACCCGCAGACCUCCAGAGCCAAUCAGCCCCCUGUCGCCCCCCCUUCCUCUCCUCCAUCAAAAAUGGCGGCCGCUCCCAGAGGAGCGCGGCGCCGGCUUUCUCUCUGGCUGCGGCUCAGCAGGAGCUCCAGAUGCUACAGAAUCAACUGAGAGCCGACGGCAGGUUUUCCACUCCCAGGUCUCUCCACGGUCUCCCCCCGUUCGUCCCUCAGCAUCAUGCUGACGCCGCCGGCUGCCUGCCGCUCUCCUACCGAGGCUUCCCCCCUCCUUCAUUCAGCGGCCUGGACGUCGCCAUGGCGACGCGAGCCGGGGCCGGCCUGCUGGAAAGAGGUGCAUUGUGGGAAACGCCGCGCGGCGUGGGAGCCGACCUGUCGUCGGGGUCGUCGGGUUACCAGUCAGGAACCGGACACACAGGUUCAGACCUGAUGAAGGAACACCUGGCAGAGAUCCGGAGUCUGAGGCGGAGACUGGAGGAGUCCAUCCAGACCAACGACCGGCUGCGGCUGCAGCUGGAGGACCGGCUGGCCCACAGCGCCGGGGACAAAGGAGCUCCGACCAACAUCUACAUCCAGGGCCUGGACUCGGCCGGCCAGCUGUCCGAGCUGCGCCUCCUGCAGGAGGAGAACGCUGCUCUGCAGGCGCAGCUGCAGCGCGCCAGCCGAGAGGGCAGCAGAGAGGCGGAGCUUCGCAGGGAGGCGGAGCAUCUGAGGGAGGCGGUCCUCCAGGAGCGCUCCAGGCUGAAGGAGGCGGAGCUGGAGACACAGAGGUGGGCGGAGCUAAGCCAGAGGCUGCAGGCGGAGGAUGCAGUUCGCUGCCAGGAGGUGGCGCAGUUGAGACAGGACAGACAGAGAAACCAGGAAACCAUCAACAGGCUGCAGCAUGAGGCGAGCGUCCUGCGCCUGCAGCUGGACCAGAGCCGCAGUUUGAGCCAGACGCUGCAGGAGGCAAAGCACCGAGGCUGGGAAAACCCCCGACACACACACCCAGAUGAGGUGGCUAAUGGCGCUCUGCCAGUGACCUUUGACCCCAGAGAGCUUCACAUCCAGCAGAAGCAGCAGCUGAGCAGCCAGCCUGCAGCCAGGAGGCGACUCUUCAGCGGUGAAGACGUUUCUCCGCCCGUCAGAGACAGCGGCCCAAUCAGAGACAGCGGCCCAAUCAGAGACAGCGGGCCCGUCAGAGACAGCGGCCCAAUCAGAGACAGCGGCCCAAUCAGAGACAGCGGCCCCGUUGCUGCUCCGUCUCGGCUUCCUCCAUCCCAGACGGCUGAUCCAGCUGUCUGCGCCCAGCAGGGCGGCGCUCCCGAGGGAGGCCACCAGGCCGUCGGCCAUCUUGGAGACCUCCAGGCCCUGCAGCAGCAGCUCCUGGAAGGGGCCACCCUGGCUGCUCAGAUGGAGGCCGCUCUCUGUUCCCUGAACGCCUCGCAGAGGCUUCAUCAGCCUUUGGACCGAGGAUGCGUCAGUAACCUGCUGUCGGACUCCAAAACGCUGAAGCGGACCCUGCAGGAGGCGGAGUCUCUGCUGCAGGCGACCUGGACGGCGGAUCUGACCGACUCUGAGGAAGCCAGACAGGACGAGUCGCUGAGGGACGAGUUGCUGAGGGACGAGGUCGUCUGUCUCCGGAUGAAGCUGUCAGAGCGGGACCAGGCUCUCAGAGAUGCCAUGGAGAGACUGAAGAGCUCCAGCCUCACCAAGGACAGCAUGGAGCAUUUCAUCGUCAGCCAGCUGUCGAGAACGCGGGACGUCCUGAGGAGAGCGAAGACCAACCUGCAGGAGAACAAACUCAGGAUCUGCUCCCUUCCAGCCUCUGUCUCUGUCCCCUCCCCCCCCUCCGGCCCAGUAAAGGUGAAAAGCCAGGGGGCGCCACUGAGCUCGGCUCCCCUGCUGGUUGGAGCGUCCUGACACCCUGGGGCCUGGCUGCUCACCAGCGCCCCCUGCAGUCUGGCGGCGCGGCUCCUUGCUCCGGCUGAACCCGCCCUCAGUGACCACGGCUGAGACCGACAGAACCUCCAGUGUCCUUCCUCCAGACGUGCGACUUACAGCUGCAGAUUGAAACCAGAAUCUGGACCCUCACAGGUCCAAAGUUUCUGAACCUGGAAUAAAAACCAGUUUGUGCUGAUGGAGACGAAGCCAUUCCCCCUGAUGUUACUGAAGGCCUUCGCCUGUUUGUAGUUCAGUCACUGGUAAAAUCCUCAGUAAGACAGAAAACUAACUUUACCAACAGAAAAGUCACUUAUGGCUCUUUUGUUUCUGCUUCUAAAGAUUUCACCUUCUCAAGCUACAAAGUAUUAUUAUUAUUAUUUUAGAUACUUGUUCGUGUAAGUCUGAGCUUUUCUCCACUGAAACAUCCAGAGAUGCUGCUGUGAAGCUGCAGCAUCUCUGGAUUCCUUCACUCUGGAUGAAGGCCAGAAAUCAGCCAGAACCGGGACGGACAAGCCCUGAUCAAGGUCUUGGUAAGGUCUUUCCAGGAUCUUGAUGUGACCUUUUCAGGGUUUUAGAGUGCCGGUGUGAGAAGGCAGGUCAGGUUUCCUGUUCCCAAGGCUCCAGGCCCAGAGCCUCGAUCCUUCAUGGCUUCCUGCUUCGUGGCGGCGCCGAUCCUGACCAGAAGUCGGCAGAAGUGACGCCUUCAGUGACGGCAUAGUCCAAUCAUUUCCAACAUGGUUCUCCUGGUUGGUGGUCCAGCCGUGUUUGGCGCUGUCCCUCCAGGACGCCGUGGUGAUGACAGAUUUAUUUUUGGGUGUCUUAGUUUUCUUCGGUAGUUUCAGACUCUUCCUGGUUAUUCUGGAUUUUCUGUAUUUUUCUGUUUAUUUUUAGUUUGGUGCAUGAGCUCCUCGUUAAUUUCUCUGAAAUAUGCAACUUUUGGGUCACUGUGCAAUAAGAGCCUUGUGUGGUUGCCAUGACGCCUCUUCUAGUUUAAAAAGUAACUUAUUUAGAAGAUCAAAGCUGUUGACAAUCAGUUUUAGGUGCCCAUAUUUAUUGCUGUCAGGAUCUGGUUGUAAUGCUCAGUAGGAGACGUAGCAGCAUUAACCUUCACUGUUGUAUUUAUGGAGCAAUAAGGCCAACCAAAGCAGACGGCCUGUUGGUCGGCAGGUCGGGUCCAAAGUGACCCGUUUUAAAGAGCUAACGGCUAAUCGGAUAAACUUUGGGAUGUUCAGAAACCAAAGCUAACGGAGGAACAGCAGCGCUUUUUCUGCUGACCUGCUGGAUUUUUAUGCAUGUUCUCUUUAACUGUUUUGAGAUAAAAACAAAAAUAAUCUUUUCAAUAAAAAUAAUAUAUAUGGUAGAAAUAAA